AUGCACCGCGCCCUCCCAGUUCUCGCCAGCCAGACCUUUGCCGGCAACUCUUUGGUGCGCGGCAUAGCCGGGCGGCGGCUGGAACAGGUUCUGAAUGAGCCCGCAGGCGCAGACGCGCUAUUCACCCUCGUGGCCAACGCGCGGGUCGCGGUGGCCGGGGGCAGCGGCGGCGGCGGCGACACGGCUGUCCGAUGGCUGGACAGAGCGGGCCUGGCGGCUCUGGACCUCACCUACAGCGGCGGCGAGCACCUGUCGCUGGGGGACAAGCAGGCACCCAUCUACUUUCUAGGAGAGGACCGGCAGCGGCAGGUGCUGCGGCUGGCGGUCGACGUGGCUGGCGCUCCGCCCAGCUGGGCAGAAGACCACUCUGUGCGCCUGCAAGACCUGCGAUCCCUGAUGCCGCUGCUGCCUCCGGGGGACCUGGCGAUCGCGGGGCACGCCAUGGCGCUUUCCCAGUGGCACCAGGCCCACCUGUUCUGCAGCCGCUGCGGCGCGCCCAGCACAUCGGUAGAGGGCGGCGCGCGGCGCCAGUGCAGCGCCCACGCGGCGCACCGCCAGUACCCUCGCACAGACCCUGUGGUGAUUAUGCUGGUGGAGUCGCCGGAUGGUGGCGCGGCGCUGCUGGGGCGGUCAAAAAAGAUGCGGGCGGGCAUGCUAACAUGCCUGUCGGGUUUUGUGGACCAGGGUGAGGGCAUAGAGGAGGCGGUGGCGCGGGAGACGCGGGAGGAGGCGGGGGUCGAGGUGGCGGCUGUGGACAUUGUGGGCUCGCAGCCGUGGCCUGUGGUGCAGGAGAUGGAGGAGGUGCGGUGGGUCAGCAAGGCGGAGGUGGCAGAGGCGGUGGCGGCCAGCGACUCUCCACACAGCCCCUACUAUGGAGGCAAGGGGCCGCCGCCAUCCUCCUCCUCCGCCGCCCCCGCCCCUCCCUUCUUCGUGCCACCCCCCAUCGCCAUCGCACAUCACCUCAUGCGGCAGUGGGCAGCGCACGAGGGGCCCUGGUUCCCGCAGCACCAGGCGCAGCAGCAGGCGCAGCAGCAGGCGCAGCAGCAGGGCGCAGCAGCCGCGCCCGCCGCGGAGCAGCCGGCGGCCGUCUCCAACCUGUGA